GUCGCCCGGUUCUCGGGUGUGUGUCUGAGUCUGUGUCUGGAAGCGGCGCGCGGCCCGCGGCCCGGGACAGGCGCUGGGGAUUCCCAUCUGAAGCGUCACCUGUAUCACUACCAUCUCCCACGGAGCCACUACGAGAGGGGAGCAGACCCGGCCCUUCGCCGGGCAGAGAAGAUGUUGCCUCUGUCCAUCAAGGACGAUGAAUACAAACCACCCAAGUUCAAUCUGUUCCGCAAGAUCUCAGGCUGGUUUAGGUCUAUCCUGUCGGACAAGACGUCUCGGAACCUGUUUUUCUUCCUGUGCCUGAACCUCUCUUUCGCUUUUGUUGAACUACUCUACGGCAUCUGGAGCAACUGCUUAGGUUUGAUUUCCGACUCUUUUCACAUGUUUUUCGAUAGCACUGCCAUUUUGGCUGGAUUGGCAGCAUCUGUUAUUUCAAAAUGGAGAGAUAAUGAUGCUUUCUCUUAUGGGUAUGUUAGAGCGGAGGUUCUGGCUGGCUUUGUCAAUGGCCUGUUUUUGAUCUUCACUGCUUUUUUUAUUUUCUCAGAAGGAGUUGAGAGAGCAUUAGCCCCUCCAGAUGUACAUCAUGAGAGACUGCUUCUUGUUUCAAUUCUUGGGUUUGUGGUAAACCUAGUAGGAAUAUUUGUUUUCAAGCAUGGAGGUCAUGGACAUUCUCAUGGCUCUGGCCAUGGACACAGUCAUUCUCUCUUUAAUGGUGCUCUGGAUCAGACGCAUGGCCAUGCAGAUCACUGCCAUAGUCAUGAAUUGAAACAUGGUGCUGCACAUAGCCAUGAUCAUGCUCAUGGACAUGGACACUUUCACUCUCAUGAUGGCCCCUCCUUAAAAGAAACAACAGGACCCAGUAGACAGAUUUUACAAGGUGUAUUUUUACACAUUCUAGCAGAUACACUUGGGAGUAUUGGUGUAAUUGCCUCUGCCAUCAUGAUGCAAAAUUUUGGUCUGAUGAUAGCAGAUCCUAUUUGUUCAAUCCUGAUAGCCAUGCUCAUAGUUAUAAGUGUUAUUCCUCUCUUAAGAGAGUCUGUUGGAAUAUUAAUGCAGAGAACUCCUCCGCUUUUGGAAAAUACUUUACCUCAGUGCUAUCAGAGGGUGCAGCAGUUGCAAGGAGUUUACAGUUUACAAGAACAGCAUUUUUGGACCUUAUGUUCUGAUGUUUAUGUUGGGACCUUGAAAUUAGUAGUAGCGCCUGAUGCUGAUGCCAGGUGGAUCUUAAGCCAAACGCAUAACAUUUUUACUCAGGCCGGAGUGAGACAGCUUUAUGUACAGAUUGACUUUGCGGCCAUGUAAUGAGUGAAAAGAAACUCUGCUUUUUGGGGGGACCUAAUUUUUCUGGUACUGUACAAUCCUAAACAUUGUACCUAGCUUUCUGAAAAGAGAAAUCGUCACUACAGCUCCCCAGCGCCGAGUAGACCAGGUGGAGUCCGCCGUUUGCGCUCUGCCGGGAGUUUACAGCCAAGCGGUCAGAAGCGAGAGGACCUCUCCUGGACGUCUGGGCUGGUCUUUGUGCUCUUCUCACCAAACCAUUUUGAUUUCUGAGGUUUCUACUUUGGUUCCAGGGUAUUGUUUUCUCGGUGUUGUUUCCUUUUUUUUUUUUUUUUCAUUUCAAAUGCCCUCACUCCCACCCCUCAUCCUAGCCAGUAAGAAAUUCAGACUGUGGGUCUCUAAUCAUCUGGAAUGUCUUCACUGAAGCUGCUGGAAACCACUGCUUUCAUUCCCACAAAACCAGUGUUAUUUUAAAAAAGAAAAAAAAAAGAAAUGGAAAUCUGUUUUAUAUGUAAUGUCACAAUUGUUGACGUUUUUCAAUAUAAUCAUAUGUUUGUGAAAUUGUUUGUACCUUGCAAACUUAUGAACCAAACCAUAUUGGGUUUUCAAAGUGCCUUUGUAUCAGAAAAUGUAUUUGCCAGCAUAGAAAUGUUCCAUCAAAGGUCAUGUGUAUUUUUUUUUAAUGGGUAUUCUGUAUUCUGUACAAAAUAAGACUCUUGUUAGUAACAUAUACAGAUGUCUUUUUGUGUACUUCAAGCAUAGGUUUAGAUACAGAAAAAUUUGCCUUUUAUUGCUCUCUCAUCAAAAAAUAAAAGGUGUUAUUUUGCUUUUUAAAUCAAAUUCAGUUAUUAAAUUAUUUUGUGGACUGUGUUUUCAAAACUUUGCAGAUGCUUCUGUUAUACAGACAGGUGUUUUGACUUAUGACAUCUGCUGAAUUUCAAAUUUCUAAAAAGCCACUGUGUCUAUGAUAAACUUUCCUGUAUCUCUUUGCUGUUUUUAAAGAUUCUCUUAAUGAAAGGGAAAAGCAUGUAGAGUGAAAGCAGAAAAGGUUGUGACAGUGUUAUUUUGCUUUUUCGUUUUUCAAAUGCCAAGUCCUAUGAUUUGUUUUCCUAUGCAAGCAUUGCAAAAAUACAGUUGCUUUCAGGAAUCCUAAAGUGGCAUUUUACUGAGUUUGAAGUAUUGAAGGUAUGGAGUAAAUGUGCUAAUGUAGAAUUCCUAACACAAGUAUCUUGAAAGUUCAUAAAUAAAUUGAUUUCUGGGUUCCUGUUUAUUUGAAAAAUAAAAUUGCAAUUUGAGAUAAGUGCUCGAAUACUCUACUUAAAUAUUCUCUGUGUUUUAUGAAGAAAUUGAUCUGCAUAGAUAUUUUCCAACUGUACUUUAUUUUCUCAUAAUGUACAUUCCUUUUUAACUGAAAGGGAAAAAUUUUAAAAAAAAUUUUGGUGGGGGGGGAUCCCUGCAGGAUGGAAAUGAAUGUUUAGAAUGAAGAUAAGUAAUAAGCACUUUUUCACUGAUGUGGCAGAAAUCACUGUUGGUUUUUUCUUAAGUUUCAGAGUACCUAUUUCCCUAUUUCUGACCUACAAUUUAUGAAAUAUACUGUAAACUACAGACUACUUGCUUCAUGCUUUUCUAAACCACUGCAGAUUGCCGUGAACUAUUGAUAGUCUCCUUUUUCUGCAGAUUUUGUAGUAUUUUCAAAGUAUUUUUACAUACUGCCAGGCAGUUCUGAAGCUAAAAAUUCCCGUCAACAGAAUACUUUUAAGUGAAACAAUUGUUAAGAUGUUUCAAGAGGGAAAUAUAAAAGGAAAUGUUCUGAUAACGGUACUGCUUUUUCACUGUAAGUAUAAGUAGUCACUUGGAAGUUUGCAUCCACUGCCAAGCCUGAGAUACUCUGUAGGUUUUGGCAUAUUGUGGAAAGUGACAGGUCUGCUUGAAGGCAGGGACUUCGAUGUGUGCCUUUAAAAACUAAUUAUGUGAAACUGUACUGAUACUUCGCAUACAGAGGUAAUAUUUGCAUUGGCCUGUAAAAUUUACCAGUGCACACUGAAGUUCCAGUUCUGCCUUUCACUGAGUCCUCCAUUCCAAGUGAGGUUUUCUGUCAAAAUAUGCAUCACUUUAACUUUUACACUCUCAGUACACAAGUGCAUGAGUGUGGUUUUUUAGGACAUUUGACCAAGAUGAAACUCUUUAUUUUGCACCUGUUAUAAGAGAUCUCCAAUUCAUAUCAUUUACCAGGUUGGCAUUAACAUUUAUGAUUUAAUUAAAUGUUCUUAAACCUGCGUGUACAACAGGAAAGCAAUUUUUUUUCUCACUCUUAGGAAAUACUUUUGUCUUCUCAGUGUUCUUGGCACAGAUGUACUGCUAAAGUAGAUAAUUUCACUGAGAAAUACUACUUGAUUAUUCUCAUAAAAUACAUUUAGAAUGUCUCUAUUGGGGAUUCUAAUGUUGGGCUAAUUUGGGGGGAAAACAUCUGGGAUAUAAUUUUGCUAAUAUUUUAAGAACCAAAAUAUAGUCAGGAGAACAAAUUUGUAUUGCUCAGGGAAUGUUUACCUUGCCAAGUAAACUUCCCCAAAUGGAAAUAUACCUAGACUAGUUUUGUGUUUUUACAUCUGAGAACACAUUGAUGGAGAUGAAGGCCUUAACCUAUUCACAGCUCCCUUAUUUUGCUGGCUCUUGUGUGCUUUGUUGAAAGACAGUAUCUAGUUUAUCUGUAGCUCAGUGUUCCUCAUACGUCCCCACAGCCUCUUCUGCAGAGACAUGAGGAAGUGGAAACAGAUGUAACUGGCAUUUCCCUUAUACCUGGAAUGCUCCAGCAUUCUUCAAAGCCUGUUUGUAUACACCAGUGGCCAAAAUACUGUGACUUUUGUGCACCUUUGUUAAACAGCCAAAUCACUGACUCCAGAUGCAGUUGAUCAGAGUUCUAAUAUUUUUUUUAACCUCCUACGGAAUAAUCAAUAUGGUAGCAUCCUCUAACAUAAUUCUGGGGCUUAAGAAUAAAAAUAAUUCAUCGCUGAACAUAGAAUUUUAGACUUUUACAUCCAAGGAGACUGUCUGUAGAAGCAGUCUUGUUCUACCUCUCGUUUUGCAGAUGAGAAAACGGAAGCCCAGAAAUGCUGUCAUUUGCUCAAGGUCACAGAGAUAAUUAUAGUGGCAAAGUCAAGACAAGAAUCCAGGUUUUCUGACUCCAAGUCAAGAGUUCUUUCUACUCUUCUGUACUGUGUCUCCAGUGUAAUAAUAUUUGCCUUUAUGUAAAUGUGAUGAAGAAGCAUUUUUAAAUAAAAAGACAUCUGACCUCCAUUUUUGGUACAUUAAGGCACUUUAUAAAUGGAGUUUUACUGUAUUAUUUUUCAUAGCUAAUUAUGAGGUUUAGAAUAUUAUUUCCAUAGUAUUCUUUAUGAAAGAUAUAAUUAAUUUUUUACUCUUUUUUACUUUUCUACUCUUGUGUAACCAGUUCCUGAUUUUUUUGUUUUUUAAUAGUGACAUCUCUGCAUUGGAUACUUUUAACUUGUGAGUAAAUUUUUCUGUUUAUUGCCCAAGACUAAAUCCAAUUUAAGGCCUGCUUAGUUUAUUUUGAUUAUGUUCUGUGAAUUGAUACUUUUUAGAAACAAAGCUAAUUCACAGGUCAUAUCAGUUCAUUCUUGUUACUUUAAGUUUUCAGUCACUGGAGGGAUCUUGAAUUCUUAACAUUAUUCUCAGAGCCACACAAAAUUGGGCAUUAAAUAUUGUAUAGAACAAAACAAAAAUUUCAACAGGGUAGAAUUUUGAAGUCUUACAGAGAAUCCCAAAUGUUAAAUUGCAACUUUCAACUCUUCAUUAAAAGCAUUACCUUGAGAAAGUUAAACUUUGUUUUUCUUUUUGUCACUGUCUUGAAAACAAAUUAUUUUCCAAUUCACAAGAACUUUGGCAAAAAAAAAAAAAGAUUUUAUUCUUCAAAGAACAUUCAAUAAAAGUUUUAUUCAGAGAAGAAGAUUGUUUGAAGACAUGAUCCCCCAAAAGUCUUCAUGAUCUAGAUCUCUACCACAGAAUCAAGACAAUGAAAAAUUAUGUAUUAAAAAAAUAUUUGCAGAUAUAGUUUUAUUUAGUAUAAAUCAAUGUGUCUUUGAUGAGGGUGUCUUUGGUUUAUGUUUAACCAUUUCCUAACUACAAAUUAUACAGAAAGAACACCCUUUUAUUAAGUAUUUAUGUAUCAGGCUCUUUGGCCUUUUUCAUGUUAUCACAUGUAAAAUCCUUACAUUUUCAUUUAAAAAAAAAGAAUAUUGCAUGAUAUUGAUUGAUAGACUUUUUUCAAAUAUAUUUUAUCUUCUGAUUCUCCUAAUAUGCUUAUGAGGAAGAAAUUCAUGACUCCAUUUUACAGAUGAGGAAGCUGUUUUGAGAGAAUGUAAAUGAACUGACGGGAAUGGCCAGUAGUAGAGCACUGAUUCCAGAUCAAGUACUUUUUGGUGACAACUACUCUGUUUUUUGUAUGUCAUUCUGUAGUGAUUUAAAGAUCCAGGAAGUUAUAUCAGAUUUAAAUACACUCUCCUAUAAAAUUAUGAGGCUUCCCAGGUGGCUCAGUGGUAAAAAAUCUGCCUGCCAAGCAAGAGAUGCAGGUUUGAUCCCUCGGUUGGGAAAUUCCCUUUGGAAGGAACUGGCAACCCACUCCAGCAUUUUUGCCUGGGUAAUCGCAUGGAGAGAGGAGCCUGGUGGGUUACAGACCAUGGGGCCGCAGAGUUGGACACGACUGAGCGACUAAGCACAGCACAUAACGUUUGUUUAGACUCAGUCCUUUGGAUCCUCUCCUACGCUCACUACCUUUGCCAUUUAACUUAAACUCUGCAGACUAAAAUGAACAAUCAGAGCUCCUUUAAGCACUUUUAAGAUCAUUUUUUCGAAAAAUGUAAAAUGUUUUCUUGACAUAGAGUUAACUGCUUAAAAGAGACUGACUCAAGUGUCAGCACCAGUGUGAGUGAAGAGAAACACCUCCUGGCCAAGAGACAUUAAAUUAAUGGGUAGGAAGUUGUCUUCUAAGAAGUACAGAUGAUUUUGCACUUCAUGAGAGGGAUGUGUAUAAUUUGAUUUACAUUACAUUUUAUAGACUUUAUAGCUCUUCAAAAGGAAGAAAUAUAUUUCAUAAUUAGUGUUAAUCUAUGCUUAAACUUAAUAUUUAACUGUGAACUCUUCCCAUGGCUUUGGAAAGUUUAAUAUUUGUAACUUUGAUCAUGGUAGAAAGUCUGUAAAAAAAGAAUGUCUUUGUCUCAUACAUCCUAUUACCACCAAAUUUAGCAUGAAUUUACACUUACAUGCUCAGUAAAUGUUUGGUUAACCACUGAGUAACUAUUGUAGUCAGCAGUGGAUACACAAGUAAGGUAAAACCAGUAAUUUACUAUUUAUUACAGAAGACAUCUUAGCUUUUCUUUGGCAUUUUUGCACAGAUAAGUGACUUUAUAUUCACUAUGGCCAUUUUUUUUUAAAAAGUCACCCUGUAAGCUACUCCUUCAUUUUAAUAGAGGAACAGUGGGAAUAUAGAGAUGUUUUCCAUUUUGCACGCUGUGUUUGGACAGCAAUUUGGUAGAACUGGGACAGUGGAACCUGGAUCACCUGAGUUUUUAUAUUUUGUGUAUUUUGAAUGAGAAACCACAGUCUCUCUUUUUGUAGGAAAUUGCCAUAUUCCUAUUAUCCAAUACUUUAAGGGCCUGUGUAUAACAUUCUAUUUCAUUUAUCCCAGAUGCAUUUUCAUCCAAAACUCUUUCAAAGGUCUAUCUUGAAAUCAACACUACAUGUAUUCAUUGAUUUAAAUAUUCCUAAGGUAGUUUAUAUCUUCUCUUUUUUCCCCUCUAAAUACUAAAUUUUAGUAGACUUUCUAUUUCUUAUUUUCUGUCUCUUUUCAUUACUGCUGCCAAUGCAAAACUUCUCUUUCACUGGCAAAAAAAAAAAUCUUUGUUUUGAAUGUUAGUAUUUGAAUUUUAUGUAUCAUAUGUCAAUUACACUCAGUAUUCCAUUUUGAACUAGACAUAUCCUGUCAAGAGCUUGUCAUGUAGUCUCAUCACUUCCUCUAACAGUAACAAAUUGAGUGAUAUAUCUGCCUAAGUGAUAUUUUGCCCCAACAUUUGUGAGUCUGAUCAACAAACAGAAUGAGUCUUCUGUAUCAGAAAUACUGUGAGUGAAAAGCUGCCAAACCCCUUCUUGGUAUAGUUUAAAUACCCCUGCAACACUUUACCCCCCUGUCUUUAAUGGUUUAAACAUAUGGCCACGUUUGAUUUGGGUUUGAUUUCUUUGGUGAAGAGUACACCAUCAAAACUUUUCUAAAUAAACAUUUGAGCACAAGGCUAGGUUGGAAUGUCAAAGACUAUAUUGUAAUUGGUUUGAAUAUACUAGAGUGAGCAAUUAUGAUUUGCCUAAGAACAACAUAAAUUCCAAAUGUGUAUUUCACUUUUUUCUACUUGAAGACAUUCAUGUAUUUUGUUUAACCUCAGAUGUAUUUAAAAAGAAUAAUAAGUGAUUGUUAUCAAAAUUCUUCCAAUAAAAUUUCUGUUAAAAAGUU